AUGCCUCCUAAGAAGGUCGUCGAAGAGGAGACGCUCGGCCCGUGGGCGCUCGGGCGCUUCUCCAGCAACCUCAAGGUCGGCCUCGUCGGGAUGCCGAACGUCGGCAAAUCCACGCUGUACAACGCGCUCUCCAACUGCAGCAUCCCCGCGGAAAACUUCCCCUUCUGCACGAUCGACCCGAACUCGACGCGCGUCCAUGUCCCAGACGAGCGGUUCGACUGGCUCGUGGAUCACCACAAGCCCAAGUCCGUGGUGCAGCCGUUUCUGGAGAUCGUCGACAUCGCCGGUCUCGUCAAGGGCGCGAGCACGGGCGCGGGCCUCGGGAACGCGUUCCUGAGCCACAUCAAGGCUGUGGACGGCAUCCUCCACGUGAUGCGCGCGUUCGACGACCCGGACGUGAUCCACGUGGAGGACCGCGUCGACCCCGUGGGCGACAUCGACAUCAUCACGUCCGAACUUCGCAUCAAAGACCUCGAGUUCAUGAACGCGCACUUAACGAAGAUGAAGAAGGACGGUCAGCGCGCGGCGCAGAACCCGCAGAUGGCGAAAGCGCACAAGACGGAGCUGGAGUGCGUCGAGAAGGUGAUCGCGUGGCUCGAGGACGGGAAGGAGAUUCGCAACGGGAUGGAGCAGUGGAGCACGACGGACGUGGACUUUUUGAACACGUACCAGCUGUUGACGUCCAAGCCGGUCAUCUACCUCGUGAACCUCACGGAGAAGGACUACGCGCGGAAGAAGAACAAGUGGCUCGCGAAGAUCCACGCGUGGGUCAUGGAGCACGGCGGCGGGACGAUCAUACCGUUCAGCGGCGCGUUCGAGUGCGAGCUUCAGGACGUCCCCGAGGACGAGAAGGCGCAGUUCCAGAAGGACAAGGAGAUGACGACGAUCCUGCCGAAGAUCAUCAAGACCGCGUUCAGCACGAUCCACCUGAUUUACUUCUUCACCGCGGGCCCGGACGAGGUGAAGGCGUGGUGCAUCCGGAAGGGGUUUAAGGCGCCGCAGGCGGCGGGGGCCAUUCACACGGAUUUCGAACGCGGGUUCAUCUGCGCGGAGGUGAUGGCGUUCGAGACGCUGAAAGAGCUCGGGAGCGAGCAGGAGGUCAAGGCGAAGGGGAAGUACAAGCAGGAGGGGAAGACGUACUUGGUGAACGACGGCGACGUCAUCUUCUUCAAGUUCAACGUCACCGCGAAAGGGAAGAAGUAA